AAAUAAGAAAACAUCAAAACAUAAGAAGAAUUUGGCAGUCACUGGUGGCGUUAUCCUGUCUGUCAUUGCCUCACCUGUUGUGGCUGCAGUUAGUGUGGGAAUCGGAGUUCCCAUCAUGCUUGCAUACGUGUAUGGUGUGGUGCCAAUUUCUCUGUGCCGCGGUGGAGGGUGUGGUGUAACCACAGCAAAUGGCAAAGGGGUGAAGAUUGACUUUGAAGAAGAUGGACCAAUUACAGUGGCAGAUGCAUGGAGAGCGUUAAAGAACCCAAGUAUCGGGGUGAGCAGCAUGGAAGGUUUGACAAGUGUACUGAGCACUAGUGGGAGUCCAACAGAUGGGCUGAGCGUCCUUCAAGGAAAUUACAGUGAGACGGCCAGUUUUGCAGCCCUCUCUGGUGGUAGCCUAACUGGGGGCAUGUUGAGUGGAGGAAGAGCCAAGUAUUGCAGGCUUGAGGUACAGGCAGAUGUGCAGAAAGAGACCUGCCAGAAAGACUCUGUUAGUCUGGGUGCUGUGAGCGAUAGCGCUAGUACCAGAGCAAUGGCUGGUUCCAUCAUCAGCUCAUACAACCCACAAGAGAGGGAGGCUAAUAACCUGGAGAUCCAGGUUCAUAUAGAAGCAAAACCUUCCAGAUACCAGCUGAUGAGUGAGAGCAGUACAGAGGAAUCCAUUCAUGUUGCAGCACCUCUUGUGGAAGGUGAGGAUGAUGACGGUUGCAGAGACCAGGUUCCUCCUCGUGACAUCACACUGGCACAGCCUGAGAGCAUCCGCAGCAACUUGGAGAGUUCAGAUGCGCAGUCUGAUGAUGUGCCUGACCUGGCGUCAGAGGAAUAUGAUUCCCCUCACCUUCUACCACCCUCUCCACCAGAUCCUCAUCGUGAAAGCCCCCCGCCUCGCAUGUGUGCACAGCAGGAAGGUCUUUGUGCCCGGGAGGAGGGGCUCUCCAAAGUGGAGUUUAUAGAGGUGCGAGUGUAAAAUCACACCAGCAGCACCACCUCUAUAAUUUUAUUAUUAAUU